CGCUCGGGCUCCUCGACGUCAUCAGCGAGCGACGGCAGCUGGGACUGUUGUGUUUUUUUCUCGAGCCGCGUUCGGAUGAAACUGUGUUUGUCGUUUCCCUGACGAGGAGAUCAUGGUAGUUUCAUUAUUCCACACGCAGUCUAGAUGCCACUAAGGAGACACCUGCGACCUGCCAUCGAUAACCUCCGUGGUGGGAAAGGCUUGAAAACGACUUAAUAUCCACACAGGAAGUGCGCAAUCUUCAACGCCGAAAAGUCUAGAGGACCAAAGGACAGGAGAGGAGACGACUGUGUAGAGGGGGAGUUGGGGAUGGGGUUGGAGAGCCAAAGGAGGACGUCAUGGUUCACAGCGGCUCUGCUUCCCCAAUGAGAACAUCACCUACAGCAUCGCCUCAUUUAACUGAUCCUGCUACAGCACCUCCUCUGCAAGUGGCACCUCCCCUGGUGCCUCCCCCUAGAGAUACCUCUGGUCAGGGCCUAACACAGACCCCUGCAAAACACCUCAGCACAGACCCUACCUCUAUCCGCCCCCCUCAGCCCUCUACUCCGUCUCCUGCUGAUGCAGAACCUCCCGUUGUAACACCAGCAGAAGCACUUACAAGCAGCUCAAGCCCAGCCUCAUCCUGGUCCUCUACGCAGACAACAACCCCUGCUCAGGGCCUAUUCAAUGGGCGUACAUCAGGCAGGAAGAGGACUCCUAAGGCCUGUGAUUGCUGUGGACCCAACAGUAAAGGACACAAUGUCAAAACCCCGGGCAGAGGGAGGGGGAAAGGGAGGGGAGCUGUCAAGGACCUCUGGGACACCCCAAACAGAAAAGUGGGGGCCCAGCUGACACGUACCAAUAGCUCUGAUUUGACCAAGGAGAUGGGAGAGGAAGCAGAGGAUGAAAAUGACACGUACGAGAAGGUGCAAACAACUGUAAUAAUGGCUAAUGCUCACACCCUCGCUGAUACACACACCCUUCCUCCCCUGCCUGUCACGUCCCUGCAGGACGGAACAAUAAGGAACUGUGCUGCCCCACAGAAAGCAUGUACGCAGAAUGAUGAGGACAUGUUGAUAAAGGGGUCGGGGGUUUCUGGCGAAGGAGGAAAAGGAUGUGGGGUUAACAGAGAUGUGGAGAUGAGACUGUCGGGAAUGCCAGCCAGGAGAGCGUUAGUCGUCAGAGGUAGAGGGAGGGGAAUGAUGACAGGAGCAAUGUUUGCAUCGAAAAUGAAAGUAGAAGUUAGAAUUAAAAGCCAAGCCGGGAGUUGUGUUGUCACUGGUUCUAAAGUGGACGCUUCAGCUCAGUCAUUGGUAGCGCACAGUCUGGAGGAGAACAAAGAUGCACAGAUGUAUCACGGGGUGCAAACUCACCCCAGCACGUUUAAAUCUCCGUUCUGUAAUGGGGACACAGUAAAUCUGACUGACUCCGAAUCUGAAGAAGAGGCCGAUUUGAUCAUGAGUGAACUGGGAAAUGGACUGUUAUCCAUUUCAAGACAGUCAGGCCCUGCAUCAAGAUCGGAUACGCCUCAGAAUAUUGACUCUGACGUGGACCAGGCUAAUGAAGGAGCAGACCACGGUUCUUUACCAGUAACUCUGUCUAAUGGAAAUGUCACCACAUCGACGGACCAUGACCACAGAUCCACACCUAUGGAAGUGGAAACCUCCCAGUGCCCUAUCACAGUGUACGGUGUGCAGCACCACUGGGCAUUAGGAGACCAUAGGCUGUACUGUCAGCCGGGAACCUGGGAGAAGAAGCCGAUGGAAGAAGUGUCGGGGAAGGAACUGUCAGAAGAAGCAGGGAUGGACGUGAAGAUGUCGAAUGAAGAAAGUCUGGAGCGGCUCACUGAUAUGGUCAAUGAUUUUCUGGAGAGCUUCUACAUAAAGUACGGCAGUUUCAUUCCUCUCACUGAGACAGACGUCCUGGAACACCUGAAGAAGAACGGCAACUCUGACUUCAGCAAGUGGUUUGUGCACGCACGCACGCACACACACACACACACACGUCCAAUCGAGCCUAUGAAGGUGGAAUUGAUGACUGGUCAGGCUGGUCUGCUCUCCGUCGCAGGCUUCAUGGUGAUGUAUAACAAACACUCCCUGGGCCUGGAGGACCUAGGUACACUGGAAGAACAGAAUUGGCUUAAUGACCAGAUCAUCAACAUGUAUGGAGAACUCAUUAUGGAAGCAACACAACACAAGGUUCAUUUUUUCAACAGCUUUUUCCAUAAGCAGCUUGUUGCCAAGGGUUACGAUGGUGUGAAGAGAUGGACUAAAAAAGUCGACCUCUUCUCCAAGUGGCUGCUGCUAAUUCCAAUUCAUUUAGAAAUCCACUGGUCUCUCGUCACGGUCACCAUGGCAACCAAAACCAUCAGUUACUACGACAGCCAAGGCAUCGUCUUCAGACACACCACAGAUAACAUUAUGAAGUACCUCCAGUCUGAAGCCAGAGAGAAGGAACAGACAGCGUUUCAGAAAGGCUGGAAAAUUACUAUCAUCAAGGGAAUUCCUCAGCAGAGAAACGACAGCGACUGUGGAGUUUUUGUCCUGGAGUACUGCCGUCGUCUGUCAGUGAGGCAGCCGCUGCUGUUCAGUCAGGAGGACAUGCCUCUCAUCCGAAAGAGGAUCUACAAAGAAAUGUGUGACUGUCGCCUUAACGACUGAACGACCAAAUAACAUCCUCCUUCUCUCGCUGACUGCUUCUGAGACCUCCUGCACAAGUAUGUCAGGCGGCCAUUUUCACAGACUGUUACACAAGCUAACACGACCACGGUCAGCCAUUUUCCAGUGAACUCGAGCUGCCCGUCGGCCCGUGUGACGGACGGCAGAGUGGCCGUCACUUGGGACUUUUCGUGAUGUUAAGAGUUUAAGUUUUUUUCUACAUGCAAGCUUGCAAAGAACUACUGACGUGGACCCCUACUGACCCCAAAAGAUGCUGGAGCCCGCACACUUCAGGUUUGCUUUCUACAUUAACCACCCCCCCCAGAGGAUUUCAACCAAAUGGCCCAACAGCCGCCUUUCGGAACACAGAGGGGUUCUGACUUUGACUGAGGAUGCAGGCGUCGGAGCAGCCUGGACCAAUGGGAAGGACUUUCCCUCACAAAUGGAAUGGCCUUAUAUCCUUCAUGGCCAUUUUAAAGUGAAUAAAGCUUUUUUUUUUUUUAAAGUUAAUUUGAUGCUGAACUUUUUCAGCUGCAACAUGCCUACAAUAACACACAUUGUCUAACAUGUUUAAUGAAGGUGUGUGAUUCAGUGGACCAACAGUUCACUUUAAACUUGAACGUUUGAGCUGGUUGCAUUCUCUCGGACUUCAGAUUUAUUUGCACGGUCAAAGGCCUAGAAGUAGAAAAUCCGAAUGUACUGAUGGUGUUUUCUUCCCCCGGCUGUGACGGAGCGGCACAGAGCCUCAGUUCUGCUUGAAACAGGGAGAUCAUGAGUUGUUUUUUUUGUGUUCAUUAGGUUUUUCACAUCUGCUCUCCAAAUCAUUUCAUAUUAAAUUUCCAGUUUUUUCCACCACAUACUUUUCUGCCGUUCGGCCUGUUUUGCUCUGAUCAUGUCCUCAUGGGUAAGAGUUAGGUUUUGCACAUGCGAUGACGUCAGUGACGGUUUGACUUUAGAAUCCAUCGGUUUGAGUUGAAUACAGUUUCUUAUGCUUGUUAGUAAAUUCGACGUUAGCUGUUCAGUUCGCUGCUGAGAUGUUUUUUUUGUUGUUUGUUUUCAGGCAUUUCUUCAGCUUUAUGUUGUCAUUCACAGAGAAACAAGUGAACCUCAGUUCUUUUGAUUUACAUCUUCUGUCCAACCCGGAUUUUGUUGUUGUAUUCAUUUAUGUAUAUUUACAGAUUGUAUUGUACUUUUACUGGCCUACUACUGUACAUACUUGCUUUGACUAAACACCACAGCAGUUUCUGGACUGUUUUUAUCGUUGUUAUUAAAAAGCCAAUUCUGCCGGGA